UCAUCUGAUCCGCCUGACUUCGGAAAACUCGGGACAACAGCGGUCUUGAAUUUUGACAGUUUCUACUGCAAACCUUUGGUGUGCGUUCGGUUCUCCAAAAGUGGCUGUGAAAGUUCCAGGGUCCUAAGCCGCGAGUGGCCCGUCCGACAGCCCAGACUUCGGGGUUAAUUUACAAGUUCUAGGGGGCAGCGAGCGCUCGACUUUGAGGAGGGCCCUGGCUGGUCACUCCCAUUCUGAAAAUUCUUGAAUAAGGACUCGUACAGUUUUUGAAGAUGAUUGCCAUUAUCAACCGGAUUCUAGACUGGUUCAAAAGUCUCUUUUGGAAAGAAGAAAUGGAACUGACCCUUGUGGGAUUGCAAUACUCCGGAAAAACAACGUUUGUCAACGUGAUUGCUUCUGGCCAGUUCAGCGAAGACAUGAUUCCAACUGUCGGUUUUAACAUGCGUAAAAUCACCAAAGGCAACGUCACCAUCAAAGUUUGGGACAUUGGUGGACAACCGCGCUUCAGAUCUAUGUGGGAACGUUACUGCAGAGGAGUCAAUGCUAUUGUAUAUAUGGUUGAUGCAGCAGAUUCGGAAAAGAUCGAAGCAUCAAGAAAUGAGCUGCACAAUUUGCUAGACAAGCCUCAGCUGGCAGGAAUUCCAGUUCUUGUACUUGGCAACAAGAGAGACUUGCCACACGCACUUGAUGAGAAUGGACUAAUUGAGAGAAUGAAUCUAUCUGCAAUUCAAGACCGAGAAAUUUGCUGCUACUCAAUAUCAUGCAAGGAGAAAGACAACAUCGACAUAACCCUUCAGUGGCUCAUUGCACAUUCCAAAUCUGGCGGACGUUAAAAUACAAUGUUCUUUUUAAUCGGCCAGAUGAGAAGCUGGCUUGUUAUUGUUUGGCUCUCUCUGUCUUUUUCUAUCUUCUUCUGCACAUGAUGAGGAAACGUGGCAGCUCCUAUUUGGCCUUUAUCUCUUGAGCAAGGAAAUUGCCUUCAGGAGCUGAUAUUAAUUGGAUCUCCUCUCAUAUCGAGUGCCAUUUUUACAGAAAAUAUUUAAUUUUUUGCAUAAAGUGCGAGCAGUGCGUUACGAAACUUUAAAAAAUUACAUAAUAAUAUAUAUCAAUGAGCGAAUCAGAUCUUGGUGCUUGAAGCUUUCCUGAUCACUGUUUUUGGGCUACGGAAGAAAGGUUUGAUAAUUAGUUCCUCUCUUUGAAAAAGUCUAUGAAACCAAAAAUUUCAAAAGGCAAAAUUGCCAGAGAACAAGUUGACAUCUGAAAUUGUCAAAUUUCCAGUUUCCUUCACCUUAGAUGAUUUUCCUCUUUGUCGCAGUCGGACUCUGUGAUAUUACCUUCUCUUGCAAGUAUUUUUUUAAUAAGUGAAAUUGGUUCCGUUGCUCAAAUAUUUUUGUAUCGAUUUUCUCUGUUAGGAUUUAUUAUGCACAUAAACUCAUGCUUGUGUACUACUGAAACGAAAACUUGCACCCUUUGUUCACUUUUGUAUUCUGUAAUUUAUUUUUUUGAAAAGAAAAAAAAAUAACAGUGUCCGAUAUUAAAUGCAAUAUUCCGCCAUUGUUUUUUAUGUAUUCCAGGAUUGAAUAUAUAUUUGUAAUCUUACAAACAAAAAGUUGUAUAGAUGUAUUUAUGAACUACCAUUGUUGAGAGGCGUAACUGUAUUAAAGGGAAGCAAAGCAAAACUCAUUAUUGUAAUUAUGCAUGGUUAAUAUAGGCUGAUAAGGGAUACUUCGUGAGUUGCGAAACCGCUCCUGCAGGCUUGUGCUGGUGUCUGCAGAAAGCAAACUAUACUUCUCACCUCUAGAGGAAAUGAUAUUGUUCUCUUAACUAAAUAGUGAUGAAAAAUUAAAAUACCCAGUAAUAUUACUUACAAUUUAUCUGAUAUCAUUGUGGAUGAGACGAAUGGGUUAUGAGGCGUAUGUCUAAAUUAAACACAUGCAUAUUGA